CUCAGCUGGUGACAGAGAGCGUCUCUCAAGGAAACAAAUCUGAGCUCGUUGUUUUCUGUUUUUUGUGUGUUUUGUAAACGAUGGAGAGCGACUGCACGGACUAACCUGCCUUCAGCGGACGUUUACCGAGUUUUUAAUCAUUUUCGGAGGAUAUGGCGGCUGUCUUUGGACCGGAACGGCGAGUUAGCCGACCUGUUUCGCGUGCCAUGUGGGAGUAAAUCUUCCCAGGAGGUGCCAUGUUAGCCACGCAGAUGCCAGAUACGCCACCUGAGGCUAAAGAUGUCAAGCAGAUCAAAGAGAAGUUGGCACAGUCGCUGAAGGCCCUGCAGAAGCGCUAUGUGACGUCAGACGCCGUGGUCACCAGUGAAGACGCCGACGCUAACCUCCUCUGCUGCGCCCUGGAGGCCAUCUUCAUCCACGGCAUCAAAGCCAAGUACAUCCGCUCGGAGUCUGGCGGGCGGACCAGGAAGGGAGACAGAGGACCCCUCCCUCAGCCUUUCUUCUGGAGCCUCCUCAAGACCGUCACCCACCGUGAUGUGGUCACAGAGCUGGAGAAGAUCAGCUUCGUGGGCACGGACGUGGGGCGCUGCCGAGCCUGGCUGCGGCUGGCCCUCAACCACGGCCUCCUGGAGUGCUACCUCGCCUCGCUGUUCCGUGAGGGCUCCAAGCUGCGGGCCCACUACCAGCCCAGUGCCUUGCUCCUGAACACCGAGGAGCGGGAAGUCCUGCUCAGCUACCUCCAGGGUCUGGCCUCACUCACAUUCAGCCUCUCCUACAAGUCGGCUGUCCUCAACGAAUGGACCACCACGCCUCUGGCUCUCGCCGGACUCUGCCCUUUGUCCCAGGCGGACUCACUCGACCUGCCCUGCAACGGCGGAGACCUCCUCGCCUCUAAACCCGUGUACAAAGAAUCAUGGGAUACGGUGUCCCAGUCGUCGGGCUCAUCAGACGCUCAGGAUAUGCAGAGAGGAUGUCCAGUGGCGCUGCUGGGGAGAGGGACGAGCGUGUUACAGGGGGGCAGGACCGCACUCAACUCGUCUAAUUUGAGCCUGGACACCACGGGCUCCUCUCAGCUCUCCUCCAGCUUGAGCUCCGACAGCCUGCUGCAGGGGCAGGACCCCCGCAGCCCCACAGGGGAGCAGUGGUCCCCAUGUGACCUGGACAUGCCCAUCAGCGUCAGCAUCAGCACCAAGGGGCCGCAGAAGGAUUCUCUGACGGACUUCAGGGAGAGCGGCCACUGCAGUCAGGACUCCACGCGUGAGGACUCCUUUGUCUCCAGCACGGGUCCGGAUCAGUACUCGGAGACGGCCAUUUUCAGCGGCUCUGACAGCGAGACCCACGGUCCCCCGACACCAUCCCAAGACCUCGUGGACCCGCUCCCAAACUCUCUGCUGUCUGAAUCAGAGCCGCCACCAACAUCUGAUGAGAACCAUGUGGACUCCUCUCCCUCUGAAGCGUGCGUUAACGCCUCCUCUGAGUUUCACUCGGACGCAGACGUGAUCUCUGCGGUCACUGAGCCGGUGGAGUCUGAGGAAGUUCAUACGGCCGAUGUCCAGGAGAGUCCUGAGCCUCUGCGGGAGGAGAAAAAAGCCGAGCCAUCGGAGCCGCCAGUGCAUGAAGGCGCACGGCGCUCUGCCAGCAUCCUGAGCAGGGAAUUAUCCUCAGAUUCUCUAUCACACUCUCGUUGCUGGAUCUCUGAAGACGACAUCUACAAGCCGCAUCUGGAGGAGGAGUCAGACCACGAUGAGGCGCCUCCUCCUGCUCCCACGGCUGAGCCCAAGGCCUCGACGUCACCUCCCAGUGUCGUCCAUCGCAGACAAAUAGGGCUGUCCAACCCUUUCCGCGGCCUGCUGAAGCUCGGACAUCUGGAGCGACGCGGUGCGAUGGGAAUGUGGCGAGAUUACUACUGCGAGCUGUCGCCCUUCGAGUUCCGGCUCUAUCUCAACGCGGAGGAGCGGACGUGCUGCGACAACUGCUCCCUGGUGCGAUGUGAGGACGCUCGCAUCGCCUCACCCGAGGGCCGCUUCGAGCUGGCCUUUCCCGGGAAGCGACUGUACCUCCGGGCAGCCAACCGCGACGAAGCAGAGGACUGGGUGGACCGGAUAGUCGAGGCCGUCAACAAAUGCCGACCGGCGUCUCGUAUUGACGAGCAGUGGGAGGUGCUGCAGCCCUGUGAGAACGGUGUGGAGGCGUCGUCCCCGUCCUCGGCCCCCUCCAGCCCUGAGCGAGGUCUCUCAUCCUCUGACACGGGGACGUCCGGAGGGCAAGACGCGCUUCCUCCACAGGAGUUCGACUGGACUCGGAGUACUGAUUUAGAAACAGAUGCCAUCAAAGAGGCUGUUUUGUACUUCUCCACAGACCCGGAGGCUCGGACAUGGACACCUUUAGUCUUCUCCCUCUCCCUGGAGGCUUUGAAAGGUUUUCGGGUACAAGAGGGAAGGAAGCUGCUGCGCCAAACACACGCAAUUGAGGAUAUCCGAGACGUGGUGCCUGACGUCUCGCUGGGAGGACCGGCCUUUUUCAAACUGCUGACCGUCAGGGAGACGCUAAGACUCAGAGCAGAGAACGCAGAGGAGGCUCGAACCUGGAGGGUUCUGAUCCGAGGAGCUCUGGACUCGUACCUGGAGAGCGGGGAGGACGGCGGCUCGGGGGAGCCGGCUGUGGUUUGCUCGGGGUUAACUGGAAAUCUUCACAGACUGGUGCAGCACAGACUAAAAGAGGACGGAGCACUGCUGGUCCAUCUGUCCACGGUGCCGUCAGAGAAGGGGCUGGACGCUCAGAGCUUCAAGUGUGCAGGGUGUCCCCAGCAGAUCGGCCCGUCUCUGGGCAGAGCGCGGCUGUGUGAGUUCUCUGGCCAGUACUACUGUGACUCCUGUCACCACGGCGACACCACCAUCAUCCCCUCACGCAUGGUACACAACUGGGACCUGACGCAACGAGAGGUGUCUAAGAAGGCGCUGCGUCUGCUGGCUCAGGUGGAACAGGAGCCUCUGCUGAACCUGGAGCAGCUGAACCCAGAGCUGGUGAAGCACGCUGAGUCCAUGUCUCAGGCCCACAACCUGCGGCAGAGGCUCCGCCUGCUGGGCGACUACCUGCUCACCUGCCGCAGCGGAGCCUGCAAGAAGCUCCAGGCCAGAAUGGAGCAGCGGACGUACCUGCUGGAGUCGAGCCAUCUGUACAGCGUCAGGGACCUGCGACAGAUUGCAGAGGGCCAGUAUGCAAACUACCUGAUGUCGCUGCUGCAGCACGCCUCCAACCACGUGUUCCACUGUGACCUGUGCACUCAGCGGGGCUUCAUCUGUCAGAUAUGUCACGCCAACGACAUCAUCUUCCCCUUCCAGUUCGACACCACCACCAGGUGUAAAGACUGUAAGGCUGUGUUUCACCUGACCUGCAAGGCUGCGGGGGACUCGUGUCCUCGCUGUCAGCGGAUGAAGAAAUACCUGGAGAGAGUUCUGCAGGACUGAGUGCUGCCAGCAGGGCGGCGCUCUGCAGCCACGUUUUUCACAAAGUGAGAGAAGCGCAGACGGAGAGAAAAAUAACAUAAAAUCUAGCUUUUACAUGAAGUAACCUCAAGUGCAAUUAUGAGUUCGAUUUGCGUGACUGACCUUAAACCCGAAGAGGACGGUGUGAGAGCGACGGCGCUGCAGUAGCUAAACUCUUUGCACUAAUUUAGAAGCCUGACGUAAUGCAGCCAAAUGUUACUGACCAGUGACUUUAAUACCUCUCUGAAUUCAGACUCAGCCACGACAUCAAACGAAGGACGGGACAACGGUGAAGGUUGCUGCCAAGAAUCGUGUCCAACACACUUUUACAUCAUUUUUUUUCUUCACUUUGUCUUAUUGUAGGAUGUUUUUCACCAUCAGGUUUAUCAGAAAUACUCCACAGCGAGUUCUGCAUUUGUCUCAGAUUUACACAUAUUUAAACACAGCAGUGAAGUCGGGUACUGCACAUGCAAAAUAGCAAAAACAGCACUUGAAAUGUUCUAAUCAACAGAUUUUGAUUGUGCCUUCUUUUUAAUUUAAGCUUUACAAUGAUUUCCUCUUGUGUUUAACAGAGGGCCAAAAGCAUCACAGCUCCUGUUUUCUGUUUAAUUUACCUGAAAUGACACAGCUGCGUUAGAAACUGAUGUUGAGUCAAAGAAAAAACAGGGUUCCCACAGUCAGGAAAUUCCUGGAAAUGUUUUAAAGUUAGAAAAUCGGUUUUCCAGGCCUGGCCUUUUGGCUGUUGUUUGAAAUAUGUUCUUAAAAAUCUCACAACAUGUUAAAUGUUACACAAAAUAUGUUCUUAGUUUUACUUAAAAUCUAGUGCUGCACUGCGUGAUUUUUGAAACUUCACGCGUGAAACACACGUAGAUCAGACAGGCAUGUUUUAUUGCCAAGACCACGCCCCCUUUUGGAGGAAAGAUGGCGCCUGAGUGAUAUUUACAGACAAUGAAAAACAUAAAGCCAAAGAAAAGGUCAAACACGUGAUGGCUUUGCUAACAUAUUCGAAAGAGAGUGAGAAGUAUAAACUUUUUUAAUCCCACCCCUUCUCCAUAAAUCAUUGAAUGUUAAUUAACCAGCUUCCUUAUAAAUAUGUCACAGCCAUGACAA